AGCAGCGACCCCUACUGCAUCAUGAAGGUGGACAAUGAGCCCAUCAUCAGGACGGCCACUGUGUGGAAGACCCUGUGCCCCUUCUGGGGUGAGGAGUAUCAGGUGCGCAUGCCACCCACCUUCCACGCUGUGGCCUUCUACGUCAUGGACGAGGAUGCCCUCAGCCGCGACGAUGUCAUCGGGAAGGUCUGCCUUACAAGGGACACUCUAGCCUCUCACCCCAAGGGUUUCAGCGGGUGGGCCCACCUGACGGAGGUCAACCCAGAUGAGGAAGUGCAGGGUGAGAUCCACCUGCGGCUGGAGGUGGUGCCAGGGCCCCGGGUCCGCUGGCUGCGCUGCUCUGUGCUGGAGGCCAGGGACCUAGCCCCGAAGGACCGGAAUGGCGCAUCUGACCCCUUUGUCCGAGUGCGCUACAAGGGCCGGACGCAGGAGACCUCGAUUGUGAAGAAAUCAUGCUACCCACGCUGGAAUGAGACUUUUGAGUUUGAGCUGGGGGAGGGGGCCACAGAGGAAUUGUGCGUGGAGGCCUGGGACUGGGACCUUGUCAGCAGAAAUGACUUCCUGGGCAAGGUAGUGUUCAAUGUCCAGAGACUGGGAGCAGCCCAGCAGGAGGAAGGCUGGUUCCGGCUGCAGCCCGAUCAGUCUAGGAGCCAUCAGAGGGAUGAGGGCAACCUGGGCUCUUUGCACCUGGAGGUUCGGCUGCGGGACGAGACGGUGCUGCCCUCCGCCUGCUACCAGCCCCUGGUGCAGCUGCUGUGCCAGGAAGUGAAGCUGGGCAACCAGGGCCCAGGGCAGCUGAUCCCACUCAUCGAGGAGACAACCAGUGCCGAGUGUCGCCAGGAUGUGGCCACCAACCUGCUUAAGCUCUUCCUGGGGCAGGGGCUGGCCAAGGACUUUCUGGACCUGCUCUUCCAGCUGGAGCUGGGUCGCACCAGUGAGGCCAACACCCUGUUCCGGAGCAACUCUCUGGCCUCAAAGUCCAUGGAGUCUUUUCUGAAGGUGGCUGGGAUGCGGUAUCUGCACGGUGUCCUGGGCCCCAUCAUUGACAGAGUGUUUGAGGAAAAGAAGUAUGUGGAGCUGGACCCCAGCAAAGUGGAAGUUAAGGAUGUGGGGUGCUCGGGGCUGCACCGCCCACAGACCGAGGCCGAGGUGCUGGAGCAGAGCGCGCAGACGCUGCGCGGCCACCUGGGGGCGCUGCUGGGCGAGCUCUGCCGCUCGGUGCGUGCAUGCCCCGCUGUGGUGCGCGCCACUUUCCGCCAGCUCUUCCAGCGCGUGCGCGAGCGCUUCCCCAGUGCCCAGCACGAG